AUGAAGCUGAAGAAAUGGUCGACAAGACCAGGUGACCAUGUUGAGCAUAUCGGUGCACAUGGAGAUGCAGGUGGUGCACCCUUGGACAUCCACACAACAUCGUCGUCUCAGGGUUUGCAAUUUACCCGAUCAAAGUUGUUGGGUCUCAAUCCGCAUGCACCAAUCGCAGAGGAACAUGACGCGACGAACUACUCCAGCUUAUGGUGGACCAAAGUACGAUUAGCAUUACGAGAGCCUCUCGCAGAGUUCUUCGGUACUAUGAUCCUCGUUCUGUUUGGCGAUGGCUCAGUAGCUCAGGUGCUCCUGGGUGCCAACGACAGAACAGCUCCCGGUGGAGAUGGUUAUGGAGGUUACCAAUCCAUUUCCUGGGGAUGGGCGAUUGGCGUCAUGCUCGGAGUUUAUGUUGCUGGUGACUCGGGAGCGUAUCUGAACCCAGCGAUUACCUUUACCAACUGUCUGCUCCGCAAGCUUCCAUGGCGAAGAUUUCCUAUCUACUUCCUGGCCCAGUUCCUCGGAGGUCUAGUCGCUGCUGGCAUCAUAUACGCUAAUUAUGUCAACGACAUCAACGCGUUCGAGGGUCAUGGAAUCAGAACGGUGCCUCCAAGCCCGACGGCAACAGCAGGUAUUUUCUGCACAUACCCAAAGUCAUACAUGACAAAGGCGAGCAUGUUCUUUUCCGAAUUCAUCGCCAGCACCAUCCUGAUGUUUGUCAUCUUUGCUCUCAAAGACGAUACGAAUAACGGAGUGUCAUCAGGUGGCGGCAACUGGUUCCCUCUGGGUUUGUUCUUUUUGGUCUUCGGAAUAGGUGCAUGCUUCGGUGUUGAGACGGGAUAUGCUAUCAACCUGGCUCGUGAUUUUGGACCGCGUUUGAUGAGCUACGCUCUUGGCUACGGGCAUGAGGUGUGGAGUGCUGGAGGAUAUUAUUUCUGGAUUCCAAUGGUGGCGCCCUUCUGUGGAUGUGCAUUUGGCGGUAUACUGUACGAUGCAUUUGUCUAUACCGGACCCAGUCCUCUCAACACGGAGUGGCUGGGCUUGAAGGACGUUUUGCAUCCUGGCCGUGCAAUCCAAGAGAGGAUUCGAGUGCAAAAGCAGGAGGGAAUUGUUUAG